UUGGCUUUUCAAUGGUCACCGCACCAUGCCGGUCGAUGCCCCUGUUUUCUAGGGUUCAGGCGCUUUUAGUCGUUCGGAAUUCAAAGUCCACAGGAAUCAGUGCAAUUCCUGAUCCUGUACUCUUGAACUUGGCAACGCUCAGCUUCUACUAGACAUGGCUCUGGUUUCAUAGAAGCUCGAUCUCUCUCUUACUAUCUUUCUCAGACACAGAGGAAUGGCAGAAGCUCGAAAGUGGUCAGAGCUUCCAGGGGAGUUGUUACAGAAGAUUGCGAAGUUCCUCACGCUCUAUGCCGAUUAUAUUCGAGUUCGAGCAGUUUGCGUUUCAUGGCAAUCUGCGAUACCAAAGACACCCAACCACCUACCUCGCCAGUUCCCACUUUUGAUGCUUCCCUAUAAUCCGGAAAGCGAUACACGCGUUCAAUUCUUCAGCCUUGCGGAGAAGAAGACCUAUCGCCUCGACAUUCCCUUUGAGAUCCAUAGAAAGUUCCUUCGUGGAUCCUGCCACGGUUGGCUAGUUACAGUUGAAGACACUCCUUCCGUUGGCCUCUUCAAUCCUUUCACCAAAGUCCACAUAGAGCUUCCAUCCUUCUCUGAAUUUGUUUAUCAUUUUCAAGGGUCAGAUUCUCUAAGUAAGCUUGUGCUGUCAUCAAGUCCCUCUUCUUCUGAUUUCAUGGCUAUAGCUAUACUUGGGUAUUCUUUCAGAUUGGCAUUCUGCAGAUGCAGAGAUAAGAGAUGGACUGCAGUAAAGGAACGAGAUUUUUCUUAUGUUGAUUUGAGCUCUUCAUACUCGGAUGUCAUAUUCUAUAAGGAGAAAAUCGUUGCUGUGAAAACAGAUGGAGAAGUUAUCAUAAUGGAUGUUAUUGGUAGUCAUGGAAAUUCUACUCCUGAAGUUAAGCUUAAGCAGAUACUGCGACCUCCAGAUUCAGUUCGUCUUCAUUUUGACUUGUCUCUGGUAGAAUCUAACGAUGACUUGUUGAUUAUUAGUCGGCCGGUCACCUUGGAUGACAACCAUGAUUAUAGAACAAUUGGGUUUGCUGUUUAUAAGCUGGAUUUUAGCACGAACAGCUCAGGUGCUAUAGAUGCUGAGUGGUCUGAGGUGACGAGCUUAGGUGACCGGAUGCUUUUUCUGGGUUUGGAUCCGUCUUCAUCUUUCUUGGCCAGUGAUUUUCCUGGAUGUAAAGGGAACUGCAUAUAUUUCACCGAUCAAAAUUGGCAUGAUAUCUUGGAGGGUGCCAGAAAGGAAUUUGAAUUUUCUUUGUUCGAUAUGGAUGACCGACGGAUUAAGCCAUUGCCCUCAUACCCUCGAGGACUCCCUUGGCCGCCCUCAAUUUGGGUUACACCCACUCCAAUUUAAUCUUAUGUCAGUUUCUCUAAUCAUCUGUGGUAUUUUGAUAGUUAAGUAGAUAUAUAUAACAGCACAUUCAAGAGAUAAACAUGGAAGCUGAUAUAUACAUACAUAUUAGGAAAAAGUGGGGUAAGCCUCUGGGCUUUGGCGCAAUGGUUAAGUUGCACUAUUGCAACAUGUUGGUCAUUAGUUCAAAACUUGGAAACAGCCUCUCCUACAAAGCAGAGGGUAAGGCUGUGUACAUUUGCCUCUUCCAGACCCUGUAAGGUACACUCCUGUUUUCUUUGAUCAUCUCAAUGCUAACAAUGGAGCAAGGUACACUCUUCUUUUUGCUUCUCCCUACCCCUUCUCUAUUUGUUCUUGCAAAGGUCGUCAAUCUUUGGAGAUCGCUAACUAUAUUAGGCUUCUCACGACGUAUUAGUUCUCUCUGUCUAUUAUGUCUAGCUGUAACUACUUACCUUGUUUAAUGGCCGAGCUGGAAGGCCUUUGUGGCAUUGGCGAGUCUUGGCAACAUUAUAAGGCUUCCAUAAUCAGCGACAAUGGAGAAUUAAUCCGUCUUCUGUUUUCUUUAU